UGGACGCUUAUGAGGUUAGAUCAGUUCUGAUACACUUUAUUAUUUCCUGGAAGUAUAUUUGAUUUACAGUGUUGUAUAUGUUCCUGGUGUACAACAUAAUGCUUCAGUUAUAGUUGUAUAUAUGUUCAUUCUCAUGCUCUAUUCCAUUAUAGGUUAUUACAAGUUACUGGAUAUAUUUCCCUGUGUUACACAUAAUCCAUGGUGUAUAUAGGCGACAUCUUCCUUAUCCAUUCAUCUGUCGAUGGACAUGUACUUUGCUUCCACAUCUUGGCUGUUGCCUUAUUCCACUUACACCUGAGGACAUUCCUAGAAGUAUCUGCUAGAAUCAUUCCCAUUGUGCAGGUGGGGAGACACAGACCUGGACAGACACCAGGACUUAUCCAGGAUGGAGAACAGGACUCCACACAGAAAAUGGGACAGGACCUGGUCAAUGGAGUCCCUGGCUCCAUCUCCCUGCAGGAGGGGCAGGUGCCCCACGACAGCAGCAGAGCCCAGGACGGGCUCAGGGUGGGAGUUGGACCAUCCAGGUCCAGGGAUGAGGCCUCCAGGGUGUGGAGCCUCCAGCAACACAGACUGGAGAAGCUGGUGGCAAAGCUGGUGACUGCCAUCCUGGGCAGCCACCCCUCCUAUGUGAACACAUUUCUGGGCAAUUAUCGAACUUUUGCCACCGCCCAGCAGGUGCUGGACCAUCUGUUCCGAAGAUACGGGUGCAUCCUCCCUGUUACGGAAGAGGAUGGGGGAUCCCUGCACCAGCUGAAACAGUGA